GCGGAGGAAGUGGGGGUUCUGCGCUGACUAAGCUCACUGACUCACUGCCCCUCCUGCUGGAGCCAAUAGAGUAUUUAACUCGAGCGCGCCGCUUGCUUGGACUGUCAUUCCUGCGGAGGCAGUCUGAGAGGAAUACUGGUGAAUAUGGCUGCUGUAACAUGUCUGUUGGCCUUGCUGUCUGUUGCGGUGGCAGUGAGUGGCCACAGUUACCACCUUGGAGGAUGCCCCACUGUUGAUCCAAUGCCGGACUUCGAUGUCAACAGGUUCUUGGGCAAAUGGUAUGUCAUUCAGAAGACAUCAACAGGCAGCACUUGCCUGGUCAACAACUAUGCUGUAGACACUAACCAUACUGGCCACUACUUGCUGGAGCAGCGCAGCCAACACUUUAUUCUUGGAAUGACAUCUGUGGACCAUGUCUAUCGCUACACUGGAGAUCUGACGAUACCUGACAAGCAAACACCUGGUGCUAUGCGAGUCAGAUUCCCUCUCAGCAUUGCCGGCAGUGCAAGCUACACAGUCUUUGCAACAGACUAUGAAAAUUAUGCUGGUGUUUUCACCUGCCAGAAGCUGGCCUUUGCUCAUCGCCAGUCUGCAUCGAUACUGUCCCGCUCACCCACUCUCGACAAGAUGUAUGUUGAGAAGAUACGAAGCAAGUUGAGCAGUUUUGGUGUUGAUCCUUUUGAUCUGAGCAUCAUCAAGCAAGAUGAGUGUCCGAAGGUGACAGAUGACAGCUAUAAUAUCAAUAUCAACCCAGAUACCUUCAGCCCUGGUAGUAUUGCCGGUGUUGUUCGUACAGCAGGAGAUAAGUUGGGUGAUGGUGUUGAAGUAGUUGCUGAAGGUGCCAAGAAGGUAUACCAUAAAGUCCGUGGAGAUCGGGAUCGCGAAGAAAUUAGCAUUUAUCAGCCAGAUGAGUCUGAGUGGCUUCCAUAAAUUGGUGAAUGUUGGGUAAUUAAAUUUUAUUCAUCCUCUUCACAGACGAAUUUGAAACUUAACGAAAGAAUCAGUUUUUUGAAUCUGUUAUUGAUAGUAUAUUAGUUUAAUGGAUUUGUGAUACAGUUGGCUAAAGUAUAAAUGUAAUGAUGAAUUGAAAUGUAUCUGCUGGAAUUUGACUUGUUCUUGUACCAAUGGAUUCGUAUAAAUUGUUCCAGGAACAUGUGUUUUUGCUCAGUUUCUUGUUUCAGUAAAGGGUAGUGUAUGAACAUAAGUAUUCCAUAGCUUAUAGUUGAAACACUUAUCAAUUUCUAUAAUUUUUACUUUUAGUGAGUAAAAAAAUUGUGCCAUAUUAGCAUUUUGUGAUAUUGGAUAAUUACCCUUGCCAUUGUCACCAUCCUCUUUUGUGUACAUUUUGUUUCCUAGUGUAAAAUAGUUUGUAUUAGUUCUAGUCAAAAAGUGUUCUUGAAAUACUUCAGUACAUUGUCGAAUGUAAGAAAAAAUAAGGAAAAACUAGGCAUCUGUGCUACCUAUGAUAGUGUCAAAGUAUAAAUACUGCCUUCAGCAGAGACUUCUGUAAUAUAGAAUUUCUGUGUGUGCCUGUGGUUAUGUAAAUAAUAUGUCUGAAUGUGGAAGUAUAGAGAUCACUGUUUUGAAGUUUUGUGUUGAAUAAGACUCUCUCCAAAACAUAUGCCCACAUACAUCACACUUCGUAAUAUGCUGAUUCAUUUCAUUAAAUGUACAUAUCAUUAACAAACAUAAAUCAGUUUCAUAAGUCUGUGAAGCCUAUGCCUAAUAUUAUGAAUUCAGUGACAUAUCACAGAGAAUUAUAAAAACAUAAUUUAUCUGCUUUGAAUCCUGCAGUUUUUAAAUAUAUUUAAUUGUAUACAGUACUUGACUUGUGUUGUUAAGCUGAUUAUUAGUUAAAUUAGUCUUGUUGAAAGAACAUUUUUGUAAUAAAAUUACUAUACUAGCAGAUGAUGUUACAGUAAUAACAUUUAAAAAGAAAUUUGUGUGGAACAGAGAGAGUUGUGUAAUUGUUGAACUUGUUGAUACAGUGUCAUUGACAGAUUUUUUUAAGAGGCUGUGUUAUUUUUUAAUAGGCGUCCUGCUUUGAUGAAAACAGAUGUACAAAGCAGGAAUACUUGAGAAUUUAUCCAAGUAAGGGGGUUUCUUUUGUUAAAUGGGCAUUAUGGAAAUGAAUAGUUUCCAAUAAUAUAGUGUGUGUGUUUUUGUUUGUUUUGAAAGGCCAAUUUCUUGUGCUAUGAAGGCACUUUGUGUAUUGCCUUUUUUUUAGUAGAAAGGCAAUAUUUUUUUAGUGUAGCAGCCUCUGUGUAAUACUGGAUUGCUUCUGUGUUGGGAAACUAAUGGAGGGGGUUGGGGGGAGGGAUGUAGAAAAAAUUACGCAGUAUGUGUGUGAAUUGGUAUGAGUUAUAUAUCAACAAGAUACCCUUCUAUGUUAAAUGGGGCAGCUUUUUGUAGUUAAUGUGGCAGCUUCUGCAACAAAGGAGUGAAUCUCCUGAGUAUGUGGACCAGCUUUUGUACUGAGUAGUGUAGCUUCUGUAUCUAGUUGGCCCACUUCUGUUUGAAGUAGGGCAGUUUCUGUAUCAAAUAGGGCAGCUUCUGCACCAAGCAGGGCAGCUUCUUCUUUAAGAGGGACAACUUCUAUAUUAAGUGAGGCAGCUUCUUUGUCAAGUGGGGCAGCUUCUUUGCCAAGAGGGCAGCUUAUAUGUCAAGUGGGGCAGCUUGUAUGUCAAGUGGGGCAGCUUGUAUGUCAAGUGGGGCAGCUUGUAUGUCAAGUGGGGCAGCUUGUAUGUCAAGUGGGGCAGCUUGUAUGUCAAGUGGGGCAGCUUGUAUGUCAAGUGGGGCAGCUUGUAUGUCAAGUGGGGCAGGCUGUAUGUGAAGUGGGGCGGCUUCUGUGUCAAGUGGGGCAGCUUCUGUGUCAAGGGGGGCAGCUUCUGUGUCAAGUGGGGCAGCUUCUGUGUCAAGUGGGGCAGCUUCUGUGUCAAGUGGGGCAGCUUCUGUGUCAAGUGGGGCAGCUUCUGUGUCAAGUGGGGCAGCUUCUGUGUCAAGUGGGGCAGCUUCUGUGUCAAGUGGGGCAGCUUCUGUGUCAAGUGGGGCAGCUUCUGUGUCAAGUGGGGCAGCUUCUGUGUCAAGUGGGGCAGCUUCUGUGUCAAGUGGGGCAGCUUCUGUGUCAAGUGGGGCAGCUUGUAUGUCAAUUGGGGGAGCUUCUGUGUCAAGUGGGGGAGCUUCUGUGUCAAGUGGGGGAGCUUCUGUGUCAAGUGGGGCAGCUUCUGUGUCAAGUGGGGCAGCUUCUGUGUCAAGUGGGGCAGCUUGUAUGUCAAGUGGGGCAGCUUGUAUGUCAAGUGGGGCAGCUUGUAUGUCAAGUGGGGCAGCUUCUGUGUCAUUUGGGACAGUUUCUGUGUUGUGUGUAAUAGCUUUUGGGUCACAUGAGGUUGUUUUUCUGUCAAGUGGAAAAGCCUUUUGGUCAAGUGGGGCAGCUCUGUGAUCAAGUGGGGCAGCUCUAUUGUAAGUGUGGCGGGGCAGCUUCUGUGUCACAUGGGACAGUUUCUGUGUUGUGCAGAAUAGUUUCUGGGUCACAUGAUGUUGUUUUUCUGUCAAGUGGAAAAGCCUUUUGGUCAAGUGGGGCAGCUCUUUCAUCAAGUGGGGUAGCUCUAUUGUUAAGUGUGGCAUAUUCUUUGAUCAAAUAGGAUAGGUUUUAGGUUAGAUAAAACAGCCUUUUUAUGAAGUAGGGUAGCUUUUAUAUCAGUUGGGCCAGCAUGGCGGUCAACUGGGACAGUUUGUGCUUAAAAAUGGAGUAGAAUCUCUUUAGUAAAUGGGCCAGCUUUUGCUCUAAGUGGGAUAGCUUCUGCAUCAAGUAAGGCAGCUUGUGUGUCAUGUGGGAGAAACACGUGGAUAAAUGGCACAGAAUUUGCAUCUAGCAAUGCAGUUUCUGUGUUAAAUGGGGCAGCUUUAGAGUCAAAUGGGGCAACUUCGGUAUUAACUAUGGCAAUUGAUCAAUUAUGGCACCAAAGUAGACCAACUUUUUGUAACAUUUAUUUUCCUCAUUUAAAAUCUAGUAAACAUGUCAAGGGAGAAAUAAUUCUUGUGAAGUGGUACAGCUAAUUGUUAUAAACAAUUGCAGCUUUGUAAUGAACUGAGACAGCUCUUUUAUGACUAGGACAUAAUUUAUGUAAUAUGUGAUCACAUUUGGCAUAUUUUCUGAUCUUAGAGGCUCUUUUUAACUAUUAAAACCACAGAACCAUUCUGUAACUAGUUUGUAAAUAGGUAUAGUGUGCUGUAAGGCUCCAUAGACGUUACAAUAGUACUUGGUUACGUAGUAUUUUUGUUGUUUUAAUGGUACAUAUACAUCCUUAAAAAUAUUGUGGUUUGAAAUAUUAGGACAAUGUUGUUUGUUGGGGUGAAAUCAUAGUAAAAGAGAAGUUAACAGUUAUUUCAGAAAAUGGGAUGUAGGCAGCUCCAGUUACAUGAAAAGAUAGCAGUUUUCCGUGUAGAUUACUGUGCUGUUGCUGUCUAAAAUGAUGAGCUUCACUCAUAGGAACAUUUAGGGUGCUAGUGGGUAGCUAUUUCUAACAGAGUAAUGGUGUUCAAAACAAGUGUUGCGACAGUAGAGGAAUUUGGCAGUUUUGUUUCUGUUGAAAUCUUGAAUGAUGUUGCAACAGCACAAGAGAUUUAUGGUGUGAUUUAUUCAUAGAAAUUAGAACUUUUUCCAAUCCAUGGCUUUGUAAUGCAGCAACCAGUGGUAACAAUAUGAAAGAAAAAACAGUCUUGGUUGCAAAACUGCAGUUUGUUUUAUUUUUAUAGAAACUGUUAGCUACAUAUGUUAUUAGUAUUACAGAUGAAGGCAACUAUUCAAAAUUACUACUGUUGCUUAGUAGAAGGAGAAUGCUAUGAGACCUGUAGAUGUUAAUGAGAUUAAAUUAUGAGGUAGUUAAGACAUUUAAUAUUUAAUGGUGCUACAAUAAGAAGACAUUUAAUGUUUAAUGGUGUUACAAUAAGGAGAAUAAUUUAUUUGAUUUGAUGUGAUGAUGUCACUGAAUCCAUUCUGAAAAAAGAACACUUAUAGCAAGAGUCUUCCGAAAGAGAUUCUACUUUUUGUUAUAGUUAUCAUUUUACUGAUUAGUAAUACUGAAUGAGUUGCAACAUAUGUAGAGUAUUGUGAAAUAGUGUUUCCUUAAUCAAAGAAUGAGUGUGUUUGUGUAUUAAUGUUAGCAAAUUUGUUAGGAACUUUGGCAUAUAAGGAGAGCAUCAUCCAAUGACUGAAGCUUGUGUAGAUAUGAUCUUGUAUUCCAAUAUGUUACUCUAUGAGUGACAAUGUAUAUGAUAUGUGGAAUGAUACAUGAAUUGUAAAUAAAUAAACAUAUUUUUGAAUUA